AGUUUGGCCUUAUAAAAGAACUAAAACCUCUCGGCGUUAGAUUAUCAUAAUAAUAUCACCACCGUAGAGACCGCCGCUUAGGGCGUCUCCUCCUCCGCAAUCCCAGUAAACAAAACAACCCUUCUUCCGCCGGAAUCCGUCGCUCCCGAUUGUCUGGAUGGGGAGAGUUAAUGUGGAUGGUCUCCGCUAUCGAUCUGGGGAAAGACCAAACGCUCUUAAGAAUAUUAAAAAGACUAUUAGCAAAGAAAAGCCACAUAAGAAGAAGAAGAAGUCACUGAAAGGAAAAGCUUGGAAGGGUGUAACAUGCCCUGUCUGUCUUGAGUUCCCUCAUCACUCGGUUCUCCUCCUUUGCUCUUCUUACUACAAAGGUUGCCGUCCUUACAUGUGCGCCACUGGAAACCGGUUCUCAAACUGUCUAGAGCAGUACAAAAAAGCCUAUGCCAAGGAGGAGAAGAGCGGUAAACCUGCGGAGCUCUUGUGCCCGCUCUGUCGGGGUCAGGUGAAAGGUUGGACUGUGGUGAAAGAUGCUCGAAAGUAUCUGAACUCGAGGAAAAGGGGUUGCAUGAACGACAGCUGUUUGUUUUCCGGAAGCUAUAGGCAGCUCAAGAAACAUGUUAAGGAGGUUCACCCGAGAGCUAAACCGAGAGCGAUUGAUCCUGUGAUGGAGGAGAAGUGGAAGAAGCUUGAAGUUGAGAGGGAGAGGAGUGAUGUAAUCAGCACGCUCAUGUCGUCAACACCCGGUGCUAUGGUUUUUGGAGACUAUGUUAUUGAGCCUUACAACGGUGAAUCUGAUUCUUAUGAUGAUGACCUUGAGUCGGAUGAUUCUAUGGAUGAUGAUGGGUACUUGGAUCUGGGAUCGCUAGGAGCAUUUGGCAUAAGCAGCCGUCUGCAACCGCUUUCUGCUACAGCCAACAGGACAAGCGGAUUUCGCAAUUACAGGAUGAUCAACCACCGAUACCAAAGAAGAGGUGGGAGAGGAAGGCGGUAAAUGGAAGAUUUUAUGAUUUGAUGUCUGACCCAAAAAUAAAAGUUUUGAGCUCUGUGAAGUCUUGAAGGGGGAAGGACAAAUGGGGAACAUAACAUAGGGUUGGUGUUUUUUGUUAGCGGUUUUGGGUUCGAGGUUUGAAGAAUGAGAGUAGUGUUGUUCCCUCCACCUUUGAUUUUAAAGAGUCUUUUUCAUAUGAUUGCUUUCAUUUUUUCAAUAACCCUUAGUUGUUUGCGUCUUUAGCACUUUCUUUUUCUUUACAAUUGGAUUUAAAAAUAUCA